AUGUCCAAUGCUGCUUUGCAAGUUUAUGGUGGUGAUGAGAUUUCUGCAGUAGUCAUUGAUCCUGGCUCCUACACAACAAAUAUUGGCUAUUCGGGCUCCGACUUUCCUCAAUCGAUUCUACCCUCCGUUUACGGUAAAUACACAGCAGAUGAAGGUAAAAAGAACAUUUUCUCUGAACAAUCUAUAGGUAUCCCAAGGAAAGACUAUGAGCUAAAACCUAUUGUUAAGGACGGUCUUGUUAUAGAUUGGGAUACUGCGCAGGAACAGUGGCAAUGGGCGCUCAAAAAUGAGCUCUAUCUAAAUUCUAACUCUGGCACACCAGCUCUUUUAACUGAGCCUGUUUGGAAUAGUACAGAAAACAGAAAAAAAUCUCUAGAGGUGCUCUUGGAAGGUAUGCAAUUUGAAGCCUGCUAUUUAGCUCCUACAUCUACAUGUGUUUCAUUUGCAGCAGGUAGACCGAAUUGCUUGGUUGUUGAUAUUGGCCACGAUACAUGCAGUGUUAGCCCAAUAGUGGAUGGUAUGACAUUAUCAAAGAGCACAAGAAGAAAUUUUCUUGCUGGAAAAUUUAUCAAUCAUUUGAUCAAGAAAGCAUUAGAACCAAAAGAGAUCAUACCGCUUUUCGCAAUCAAACAGAGAAAACCAGAACUUAUCAAAAAAUCAUUCAAUUAUGAGGUUGAUAAAUCCAUAUAUGAUUAUGCCAACAACCGAGGAUUUUUCCAGGAGUGCAAAGAGACACUUUGUCAUAUAUGCCCAACAAAAACCUUAGAAGAAACGAAAGCAGACCUCAGUACUACCACUAAGAGAUCUAUUGAAUCACCAUGGAAUGAAGAAAUUGUUUUUGAUAAUGAAACACGUUAUGGCUUCGCUGAAAAGCUUUUCCUUCCUAAAGAAGAUGACGUUCCUGAUGAUUGGCCUCGUUCCACCUCUGGAGUAGUGGAAACUUGGCGUAACGACUAUGUACCACUAAAAAGAACAAAGCCAAGUGGGAUAAACAAAGCUGAAAAGAAAGCCACACCAGCAGAUGAAAAGGAACAGGCUACUGUUAGUAAAUCGACUUCUCCGACUGCAAAUAGCGCAGAUACCCCCAAUGAGAGUGGUAAGAGACCGUUAGAAGAGGAAAAACUUCUCAAAAGUGACAAUGAAUUAAUUGGCCUAGCUCAUCUUGUGUAUUCAUCCAUAAUGAGCAGUGAUGUGGAUUUAAGAGCAACAUUGGCUCAUAAUGUUGUCCUCACGGGUGGUACAUCCUUAAUCCCUGGUUUAAGUGAUAGGCUAAUGACCGAGCUAAAUAAAAUACUUCCAUCCCUAAAAUUUAGAAUAUUAACAACAGGGCACACUAUGGAAAGACAAUAUCAGUCGUGGCUAGGCGGCAGUAUACUCACAAGCCUGGGAACGUUCCACCAAUUAUGGGUUGGAAAAAAAGAGUAUGAAGAAGUGGGUGUUGAGAGAUUGCUCAAUGAUAGGUUCAGAUAA